CCAGAGUGUUUCCACUUGUCUUCGUGUCGUGCUAGGAAAUCAGUUUUUCAAUAUAAUCAGAAUUUUUAUAUAAAUAUUUUAAUUUAAAUGCACGAAAGGUGCAAAUUAAUGAAUUACGAUACGCACAAUUUGUAGGAAACCAAGCAGAUCUUGUUUAUGUGAAAAUAAAAGUGAUAAAUUAGUGAACUUUAAUUAAACAAGCAGGAAUACCGACAAUUUUCUUGCCUAUCGUGAUAGAGCCACCUAAAAGCUCUUCCUUUUCGUUCCCCCGCCCUUCAGUAGCAAUUUGUGCGUAGUAAGUAUACCAAAAAGUAGAGUGAACAAAAUUGUGAAAUAAAAUAAAAGGAAAAACAGGGAACAAAUUGAACGUGAGAAAAAGUAAAUUAUCUGAAAUUGCAGCCGUUCAUUAACUAUCAGCGUCAACAUCCAUUAGCAACCGAUAAAAAAGUAAUUGAAAUCAUCUACAGCACAGCGGGAUUGAAGGGAAAAGAAAAUCAUUGAAAAAUACACCAAAGGCAAGAGAUGUCCGACAUGAAUAUUGACAGCAUUAUAUCAAGAUUAUUGGAAGUACGUGGUGCCAGGCCAGGAAAAAAUGUACAACUAUCUGAGAGUGAAAUACGAGGAUUAUGUUUAAAGUCAAGAGAAAUUUUCCUAUCACAGCCGAUUCUUCUGGAAUUGGAGGCUCCACUCAAAAUAUGUGGUGAUAUUCACGGUCAAUAUUAUGAUCUUUUGCGUCUCUUUGAAUAUGGCGGAUUUCCGCCAGAAUCAAAUUAUCUGUUUUUGGGUGACUAUGUAGAUCGUGGCAAACAGUCUCUGGAAACAAUAUGUUUAUUGUUGGCGUACAAAAUAAAAUAUUCUGAAAAUUUCUUUUUACUACGCGGGAAUCAUGAAUGUGCCAGCAUUAAUCGAAUUUAUGGAUUUUAUGACGAGUGUAAAAGACGUUAUACUAUUAAAUUAUGGAAAACUUUUACAGAUUGUUUCAAUUGCUUACCCGUGGCAGCCAUAGUGGAUGAGAAAAUAUUUUGCUGUCACGGCGGCCUUAGUCCGGAUCUUACAACAAUGGAACAAAUAAGACGUAUUAUGCGACCUACUGAUGUACCAGAUCAAGGCCUCUUAUGCGAUCUGUUGUGGUCUGAUCCUGAUAAAGAUACAAUGGGUUGGGGCGAAAAUGAUCGUGGAGUUAGUUUUACAUUUGGUGCAGAGGUUGUGGGUAAAUUUUUACAAAAACACGAAUUUGAUUUAAUUUGUCGUGCUCAUCAAGUUGUCGAAGACGGGUAUGAAUUUUUCGCUAAACGUCAACUUGUUACAUUAUUCUCAGCACCAAAUUAUUGUGGAGAAUUCGAUAAUGCGGGUGCCAUGAUGUCUGUGGAUGACACUUUAAUGUGUUCUUUCCAAAUAUUAAAACCUGCUGAUAAAAGGAGAUUUGUUUAUCCUAAUUUUGGAAGCUCAGGGCGACCUUUAACUCCUCCACGAGGAGCCAAUAAUAAAAACAAAAAGAAAUAAGUUCAAAGUUCAAAUAGUAUGUUCAAAAAUUUUUAUAAACCCAAAUGUGUGGUUAACUAACAAAUAAAAAGUAAAAAACACCAUUUUAUGAAACAAAAUCAACAAAAUGUUAACAGAUACACACUCACAUACAUAUACACGGAUACGUUUUGUACAAUAAUAUACAUAUUUUAUUUAAUCUAAUUAAAAAUAUCGACAUUCUUAGAAUUUUGUUUAACAAAUUGAGUUGUUUCCUCUUAUAAUGUCUUUAGUUAUAUGCUUCCUUUUGGUUUUUUUUUUACAUAGAAUGUAUUUUUGUUAAAUAAACUAAUUUUAAGAUAACUUAUUGUUUUUAUUUUUGUAUUUUAUUUUUCAUCUUAAGCCACAAACAAUUCUUUUUAAGUUGUUAGUUAUAUUUGUAUUUCAUUGUUCUUGAUCUUACAAUUUAAAUUAAUCAUGUUUACACCAAAUAGAAAUCAAAACAAGUUUUAUUAAGCAACAAACAAAUCAUUAAAAAUAUUUUAAAUCGAGGGACUAUAUUCAAAACCCUUUAUCUUAGAAAACACAUGUUUUAAUUUUUACUAAAUUUGUGACUUCGGUCAAUCCUAGCAAGUUUUAUUCAUAUUAUUUAAUGGAUAUAACAAAUCAAAAGGUACAUAUACAACAUAUAUGUGUUAUAAAUUACUAACAAGUAUAGUAUUGUAAAAUAAUGGUUUUAAGUUUAAUUAAGUAUAAAUAAAAAUGUUUAAUGGUUCAAAUUAUCAUAAAAUACCAUUCUUUCCGGCGGUAUUACGCUCUUCAAAUCUUUUAAAUUAAUUAAAUUAUUUUUUAAAGAUAUUGCAUUUUUUUUUGAAAUUUAUACCACAUUUGCUAAAUGAAAUCUUAGAUAGGGUUUAUUGAAUAUAGUCCAUCGAUAUAUUAAAAAUUAAGUAAAAUGCAAAAGAAAACGAAUAUUUCAAAAUAAAUAUGUAGAAGUAAUAGAAGAAAAACGAAUUUGUUUCAAUCGAAUAUUAAAAAAUUUGAAAUGAUUUUUUGUUCUUCAACAUAAAUAAGUACACAAAUUGUUUAAUUCAAGGAAAAUCCAACUAUUAAUAACAUUUAUACACACACACACACACGACACACAGUUUCACAGGCAAGAAAUGUAAGAAAUAUAAUAUAAAAUAAUUAAAUAAAUAAAUAAAUAAAUGUAUUGUAAUUGUAUAUUAUAAGCGUUAAAAAUACUACAUACUUCGGAAUGGAUAAAAUCAAAUAAGAAUAAUUAACAAACAAAACCUUAAAAAUGAACUUACAUUACACUUAAACAAAAAAGAGGCACUUUAUAAAUCAACUUUAUAAAAUAAAAACAAAGAAAACCAACAUAUAUAUAUAUAUAUAUAUAUAUAUAUAUAUAUAUAUGUAUGUACGCAUUAUGUACGUAUGGAUGGAUGCAUAUCCUGAAAGAAGCAGCACCUAUGGUGUACAACAAGGGAUACACAUACGUUCAUGAAGCAUAAAUUCUAAUUAUUAAAAUUUCUCUUAUGUAUCACAUUAAAUUAUAGAACAACAACCAACCACUUUGGAAAACGAAAAAAUAAUAAUAAUAAUGAGACAACAAACAAAAGUUAUAUAAAUAAAAUUUUUAAUAAAUUUUAAACAAAAAAAUAAAAAA